AUGGAGAUAGGCAAUAAAAAACCUUUGUGUUUUGUCCCAAUUAAUACCCUGAGUGAUGUCCAACCCAUACGUUGUUGUUCGUUCAGUGAAGAUGGCCUACUUUAUGCUGUGGGCUCCAAUUCCAAAACAUUACGCAUUUGCCUGUAUCCCCCUCAUAUUAACAACAUAACCAAACCCACACAAACAAGUGUAAUAUUCAAACGCACCAAACACCACAAGGGAUCCAUCUACUGUUUAUCUUGGUCCAAAGAUGGACAAUUUAUUGCCAGUGGUUCGAAUGACAAGACCAUCAAAAUAAUUAAAUACAGCAGUGAAAACAAGCAGUUGGAGGGCCGUGAACUCGAGCUGACCAUGCAUGAUGGCACAGUUCGAGAUCUAUGUUUUAUGAAUGAAUCUUCCAAUGAAAGAAAGGUGCUGGUCAGCGGUGGUGCUGGCGACUGUAAACUGUACAUAAGUGAUUGUGGAGUCUUAACACCAAUGCAGGCAUAUUCUGGACAUUCUGGUCAUAUAUAUUCGUUAUAUAGCUGGGAAAAUAAUAUGGUGGUGACGGGAUCGCAGGAUAAAACUAUUCGUUUUUGGGAUAUACGUGUGCCGGAAUGCAUUAAUAGUGUGUUGCCCUGUAGCUAUUACGAUGCAAUGGGUUCUCCGGUGACAGCAGUUUGUGUUGAUCCCACGGGCAGAUUGUUGGUUUCAGGGCAUGAAGAUGCUUCCUGUGUGCUGCAUGACAUACGACGUAAUAGGCAAAUACAAUGUUUCCAACCACAUUCGGCUGAUAUACGAUCAAUACGUUUCUCGCCUUCGGCUUAUUAUUUGCUGACCUGUGGAUAUGACAAUAAAAUAGUUCUUACCGACUUGCAAGGUAAUUUGACAUUAUCGCUACCAUCGGUUGUGGUAGGCGAGCACAGUGACAAGGUAAUAUCAGCCAGAUGGCAUCCCAGAGAUUUUUCAAUACUAACAACAUCGGCUGAUAAAACUGCCAAAUUAUGGGCUAUACCAAAUAUCUGAGGA